GUUUUUCUGCAUUUGAUCUCACUUGAUUAGUAAAUUACCCGUGCGGCCCCUACCCGUGCCAGUCGGGCAAGGACACGAAAACGAAAACAGGGAAAUUAGCUGCUUCAUUCAUGUCUUGGCACCAAAAAGAAGAAACGAAGGAAGAAAUCGCUGACUCACAGUAGUCCUGGUUAGAAGUUAGAACCCGCGCGGGAAAUCAGAUCACACCGCUGAGGCGAUUCUAAUAAUCCCUGCACUUGAAUCCUUCAAAAAUGGAUCUGAAUCCUCCUGCAGGGGAGAACUACGCACACCCAAAGAUAUGUUUCUUCCAUGUGUUCUUCAAGGCUGCAGCAUUGGCGUUUUACAUACUUUCAGCUGUGUUUGUUGAUAGCUUUGUUAUCAUAUUCGUGGUCACUGUUCUGCUAGCAGCUCUUGAUUUUUGGGUCGUUAAGAAUGUGAGUGGACGUAUCUUAGUGGGGCUGAGAUGGUGGAAUGAAAUAAAUGACGAGGGUGAAAGUGUGUGGAAAUUCGAAUGCCUUGACCAAGAGUCAUUGGCUCGCAUGAAUAAGAAGGAUUCUUGGCUUUUCUGGUGGACACUAUAUCUUACAGCUGUUGCUUGGAUCUUUCUCGCAAUAUUUUCACUCAUUAGGUUCCAGGCUGACUAUCUCCUUGUUAUUGGAGUUUGCUUGACACUCAGCAUUGCAAAUAUUGUUGGCUUUACUAGAUGCCGCAAAGAUGCGAAGAAGCAGCUUCAAGCAUUUGCAACUCAAACCCUUGCCUCCCGGGUAUCAUCAACCAUUCAAUCCGCAUUUAGUGUUGUCUAAUGAAGUCUUUCAAGAUCUGGAUUGGGGACGAUCCCGACAACUCUUGAAUGGUCACUUUGGUCAGCCAAGUUGAAGGAGAGGUCACUGUAUCAAAACGGUCUACACCUUUUUCAGAUUUGUAGAGAUGAUGGCACAUUACUAUGCUUUUCAAAAUAUCUUUGACCACUACAGGGGCCUUGCAUGUUGAAUCUACCAUAAAAUAAGUUUUUUUUAUAUCAUCUUAUUACUAAUAAUCUAUCUAAU